CUCCAUGGUACACAUGACAUGAAUUUCGUUUUUUUUUGCUCAUUUUUUCAUGUUUGCUCGACGCGGCAUACGUGACCGGUGACCGGCGGAUCGUAUCAUCGUUCUUGUUCUUCAGAAAAGCAAGAAAAUUUUCAGUGUAUCUAUAGUGUUUUUAACGACAUGAUCCAGUGUUAUACUUACAUAUAAUAAAUAUCCGCUUUGAAAAAACAUUACCUAACUUGUUUAUUGAAUAUAAAAUACAAGUGUAGACAUUGCUAUUUUCGAAGUGGUAGUGGUGCAUUUGUUUAUUUUUAGACUUGCAGUCAUGUUGUUAUUCUGGUGGCGCUAAAAUGUCUCAAAGGGAUACAGCUAUUCAUCUGGUUGCCGGAGGGGUAGCGGGUACAGCGGGAGCAGUAGUUACCUGCCCUCUAGAAGUUGUUAAGACGCGUCUGCAAUCAUCUAAAGGUGUGGUCAUUCCACCACCACCCCCACCAUCUUCAAAUACUACUAGUUCUAAAAGAGUCUGUUCUAAAAUCCCAAAACACCAGGAGGCCAAAUGGGGCUACAGACGUACGAUGGGCGCAAUGUUCGCCUACAGCAAGCAAGCAGAUCGCAUGCUGAUGUCGUACAAUUACCAGGUGCAGCAGUGCGCGCGCGCAGGCCACGCGAGGACGGCGCAGAGGAUGAGCCUUAUUCAGUGCAUCAGAUAUAUAGUGAAGAAUGAGGGUGCGCGGGCGCUGUUCAAAGGCUUAGGACCGAAUAUCGUUGGCGUGGCUCCAUCACGAGCGAUUUACUUCUGCACGUACUCCCAGGCCAAAGCGAUCCUCAAUCAGCAUAUACCACCGGACACGCCUAUUGUGCACUUGUCAGCGGCAAGCGCAGCUGGAUUCGUCUCAUGUACUAUGACAAACCCGAUAUGGUUCGUGAAAACUCGGCUGCAACUCGACGGACAAAAUAUCACAGCGCUGGAGUGUAUUAAGAGAAUAUACGCAAAGCAUGGUAUCAAAGGUUUCUACAAGGGCAUAACGGCGUCGUACAUGGGCAUAAGCGAGACAGUCGUCCACUUUGUUCUCUACGAAGGUGUCAAAGCCCGGUUGAUGGCUGCCCGAAGCAAAGAUGGCGUUGUCAGCGACACUCGCUCCCCGAGAGAUUUCCUUGAGUUCAUGGCCGCUGGGGCCUUUUCCAAGACGAUCGCUUCUUGCAUCGCAUAUCCACACGAAGUGGCAAGAACGCGACUUCGCGAGGAAGGUGACAAGUACAGGAAAUUCUGGCAAACAUUGCACACUGUUUGGAUGGAAGAGGGGUAUCGCGGUGUUUAUAGGGGCCUUGGCACACAGCUAGUCCGUCAGAUACCGAACACAGCGAUAAUGAUGUCCACAUAUGAAGCAGUGGUAUAUCUUCUCACGACACACUUUAAUAGUUCCUUCUACGAAAAUACCUAGCCAUUUACCAAAUGUUCGAGUUGAUCACGUUAGAUACUCGAUGUGGCGAACCCACUGACAGUUAGAUGCCAUUUAGUUAGCGAGGCUCUGAUACCUCUGGCCCCUGAGAUCUUUAAGCCGUGCGUGGGUAAGGAAACUAUGAAUAAACUUUGUAUUAUAGUCAUAUGUCGGCAAUUUGUAAGAAGGCAUGGUCCCGUGACUUGCAAUUUAUAUGAGUAAUGGUCAUGUGACUGACUUGACUGAAAAUGCUCAAGUGAUAUUCGCAGUAGGCCGUCGCACGAAGGCUUUCGUCUAACUCAGAUUGUAAGAGGAAGUUCAGAAUUUAGUUGAGCCCUUUGGUAGGAUCAUGAAAAUUUUGUUGUACAUACAUUUUUUCAUAUAACACUAUUGGUUAUUGAGUUUUGUUUCUAUUGCGGUGUUUGUAUAUAACGGUUUGGAAUCUACCUACAGCCGCCUACUUACUCGCAAUAUAGUCAUUAGGCUCUAGUCUAGUAUUGAACACGAUUCUGCCCGAUUUUUGUGAGGCAAAAUGGAAAAACUGCUGAAAUAAUAAAAUGUAAGGUAAGGUAAGGGAAGGUAAUUGAAAAAAAUACCUCUUAAAGUUGGUUAAAAUAAGUCUGUUUAAUCACAUAUUGUCCUAUUCAUAGUAGAAUAUGUGCAAAAUUGAGUUGAAUUUUUUUUAUCAGAUUGCUUGGUUAAACUAAUUGUCCAUUGAUUGAUUUGAACCAGUUGUUUAGUCAUUUUGUCUCAAGUAAAAUAAGAAAACUAAGGGAUUUUUUAUUAUUUUAUUUUUCUUGAUAUUUUUUUUAUUAUAUAAUUGUUACAUUUGUAUAAGAUUGGCUAUGAGGAAGUACAUAAUAGAAGGAUAAAAUUGGAGACAUUCAAUAUUUUUAUAAGAUUACACCAGCACAAAAUAUAUAUUAAAUAACCUAUAUAUAGAGGAAUUCUAAAAUCCCUUGGUUAAAUAGUUAGUUGUGAGCUGUGAUAUAGCGCUUAUGUUAGUUUUGUGAAGAUUUGGUGGUAAUUACUUUUUCUAAAAAGGAUUUUCUAAAAACAUGGAACUACAUUUGCUUAUAUCUAUACAGUCAGCCUGUACUGAAAA